AUGACUGCUGCCCAAAUUAUAGGUACAACUGGUGAUGUCUCAAGAGGGUCCACGGGUCACAGGUCCACGGGUCACAGGUACACUGGUCACAGGCCAAAAGUCACAGGUACAAAAGUCACAGGUCCACGGGUCACAGGCCAGGGUACAAAGACACAGGUCCACCGGUCACAGGUACACAGGUCACAGGUCCACGGGUCACAGGUCCACGGGUCACAGGUCACAGGUACAAAGACACAGGUCCACCGGUCACAGGUACACAGACUACAGGUACACAGGUCAACGGUCACAGGAACACAGGUCACUGGUCACAUGUAUACAGGCCACAGGUACACAGGUACACAGGUCACAGGUCACAGGUCCACAGGUACAAAAGUCACAGGUCCAUGGGUCACAGGUACACAGUCACAGGCUCACAGAUCACAGGUACAAAGACACGAGUCCACUGGUCACAGGCCCACCGGUCACAGGUACACAGGCACACAGGUUCACAGGUCCACAGGUCCACAGGUACAAAAGACACAGGUCCACUGGUCACAGGCCCACGGGUCACAGGUACACAGGUCCACGGGUCACAGGUCAGCACAAAAGACACAGGUCCACUGGUCACAGGUCCACAGGUCACAGGUGUACACAGGGUCCACGGGCCGUGUCACAGGCACAAAAGACACAGGUCCACCUGGUCACAGGUCCACAGGUCACAGGUACAAAGACUACAGGUCCACUGGUCACAGGUCCACUGGUCACAGGUACACAGGUCACAGGUCCACGGGUCACAGAUCCACGGGUCACAGGUACACAGGUCCACGGGUCACAGGUCACAGGUACAAAAGACACAGGUCCAUGGGCCAGGUCACAGGUACAAAAGACACAGGUCCACCGGUCACAGGUCCACAGGUCACAGGUACACAGGCUACAGGCACACAGGUACACAGGUCAAAGGUACACAGGUACAAAAAGUCACAGGUCCACGGGUCACCAGUACACAGGUUACAGGUCCACGGGUCACAGGUCACAGGUACAAAAGACACAGGUCCACGGUCACAGGUACAGGUCACAGGUCCACAGGUCCACGGGUCACAGGUCACAGGUACAAAAGACACAGGUCCACCGGUCACAGGCACACAGGUCACAGGUCCACAGGCACAGGUCCACAGGUCCACGGUUGUACCCCUGGUUGUACCCCCGACACAUUUGUACCCCCAUUGUUGUACCCCCCGACACAGUUGUACCCCCGACACAGUUGUACCCCCGACACAGUGUUGCCCCCGACACAGUUGCCCUGACACAGUUGUACCCCCGACACGUUGUACCCCGACACAGUUGUCCCCCGACACAGUUGUACCCCCGACACAGUUAUUCCCCCCGACACAGUUGUUCCCCCGACACAGUUGUACCCCCAACACAGUUGUACCCCCAUGCAAUUAUUUUGACAUGGUUGUACCCCCAACACAGUUGUGCCCCCAGUUGCAAUUUGUCCCCCGACUUGUAUACACAGUUGUACCCACACGUUGCUUUUACACAGUUGUACCCCCGACUACAGUUGUACCCCGACACAGUUGUGCCCCCGACACAGUUGUACCCCGACACAGUUGUACCCCCGACACAGUUGUACCCCCGACACAGUUGUACCCCCGACACAGUUGUACCCCGACACAGUUCUUCCCCCGACACAGUUGUACCCCCGACACAGUUGUACCCCCGACACAGUUGCUUGCGACACCAGUUGUACCCCCCGACACAGUUGUACCCCCUGACACAGUUGUACCCCCGACACAGUUGUACCCCCAACACAGUUGUACCCCCCUUGUCUUACAUUUUGAGUUGUACCCCCGACACAGUUGUACCCCGACACAGUGCUUUUACACAGUUGUACCCUUGCAAUUUGUACCCCCAACACAGUUGUGCCCCCCGACACAGUUGUACCCCCGACACAGUUGUACCCCCGACACAGUUGUACCCCCGACACGGUUGUACUGCCCCCAUUAUGAGUUGUGCCCCGACACAGUUUACCCCCCGACACAGUUGCUUCCCCGACACAGUUGUUGCCCCCCGACACGGUUGUUGCCCCCGACACAGUUGUACCCCCACGGCUUACAGUUGCCUCGACACAGUUGUACCCCCAUACAGUUGUACCCCAACACAAUUGUACCCCCAACUACAGUUGUACCCCCAUUUGGUUGUACCCCCCAGCUUGCAUUGCUUUUGGUGUACCCCACUUUGUUCUUACCCCGACUACAGGCUUACAGUUGUACCCCCGACACAAUUGUACCCCCGACACAGUGUACCCCCGACACAAUUGUACCCCCCGACACAGUGUACCCCCUGUUGCCCCGGUUGUGCCCCCAUUUACAGUGCCCCCGACGGUUGUACCCCCGACUUAGUUGUGCCCCCGACACAGUUGUGCCCCCCGACACAGUUGUUGCCCCCCGACACAGUUGUACCCCAACACAGUUUUGUCCCCAACAAUUUGUUACCCCCGACACAGUUGUACCCCCGACACAGUUGUUCCCCCCGACACAGUGUACCCCCCAUUUGCAAGUUGUACCCCAUUUGUACCCCCCCAGCUUGUACCCCGACACAGUACUUACCCCACACAGUGUACCCCCAUGUUGUACCCCCGACACAGUUGUACCCCCGACACAGUUGUACCCCCGACUUGCAAUUUGUACCCCCGACACAGUUGUACCCCCCAUUUACAAUUGUACCCCCGACACAGUUGUGCCCUCACGACACAGUUUGCCCCCCGACACAGUUGUACCCCCGACACAGUUGUACCCCCCGACACAGUUGUACCCCCCGACAUUGGUGUUGCCCCCCGACACAGUUGUACCCCCCAUUUGUGAUUGUACCCCCAUAAUUGCUUUAACACAGUUGUACCCCGACACAUUUGUACCCCCUUUGUGCCCCCAGCUUGUGUACCCCCGCUUACAAGUUGUACCCCCACAGUUGCAAUUGUACCCCAUUUACAGUUGUACCCCCAUUGUGCCCCCCGACACGGUUGUACCCCAACUUACAAUUUGUACCCCCGACACAGUUGUACCCCCACGACACAGUUUUGUGUACCCCCGACACAGUGUACCCCCCCACACAGUUGUGUCCCCCAACAUUCCUUUGCCCCCCGACACAGUUUUUGACACAGUUGUGCCCCCCGACACAGUUUUCCCCCACAGUUGUACCCCCACGACAUGUUGUACCCCCGACACAGUUGUACCCCGACUUACAGUUGUACCCCCAUUUGGUGUGCCCCCCGACACGUUGUACCCCCAUUUGCAAUUGUACCCCAUUUUGGUUGUACCCCCGCAUACAAUUGUUUUGGUUGUACCCCCGACACGGUUACCCCAUUACAGUUGUACCCCCGACACAGUUGUGCCCCCCAUUUUGAUUGUACCCCCCGACACAGUUGUACCCCCAACACAGUUGUACCCCACGGUUGUACCCCCGACACAGUUGCCCAGACACAGUUGUACCCCCGACACAGUUGCCCCGACACCGGUUUGUUACCCCCACGACACGGUUAUUUGCCCCCGACACAGUUUAACGCCCCGACACAGUUGUACCCCCCGACACAGUUGUACCCCCGGCUUCAAUUGUACCCCCGACACAGUUGUGCCCACGACACAAUUUGUACCCCCAUUUACAGUUGUGCCCACGACACAGUUGUACCCCCGACACAGUUGUGCCCACGACACAUUUGUCUUCCCCCGACACAGUUGCCCCCGACUUGCAGUUGUACCCCACGACACAGUUGCCCCCGACUUUACAGUUGUGCCCCCCGACACAGUUGUACCCCCCGACACGGUUGUACCCCCCGACACACGGUUUGACACCCCCGACACGGUUGUACCCCCCGACACGGUUGUGCCCCCCCCAUUUUGCAGUUGUACCCCCAACGGUGUACCCAGCUUGGUGUACCCACCCCACAGUUGUUGCCUCCCAAUUGUACCCUUUGGUUGUACCCCCACGUUGCACCCCGACACAGUUGUACCCACAGUUGUACCCCCACAAUUUGCCCCCACAGUUGUACCCCCGACACGUUCUAAUGGGCCCUUCAGUGUUAAUGGACCCCUCAGUUUUAGUGGGCCCUUCAGUGUUAGUGGACCCCUCAGUCUUAGUGGGCCCCUCAGUUUUAAUGAGCCCCUCAGUCUCAGUGGACCCCUCAGUCUUAGUGGACCCCUCAGUCUUAGUGGACCCCUCAGUCUUAGUGGGCCCCUCAGUCUUAGUGGGCCCCUCAGUCUUCCAUUUGGCCCCCAGCAAGUGGGCCCUCAGCCUUCUGUGGCCCUCAGUCUUAGUGAGGCCCUCAGUCUUGUCUUAGUGGGCCUCUCAGUCUUAAUGGGCUCCUCAGUCUUGAUGGGCCCUAAGUCUUGUGGGCCCCUCUCAGUCUUGAGUGGACCCCUCAGUCUCAGUGGGCCCCUCAGUCUUGAGUGGGCCCCUCCAGUCUUCAGUGGGCCCCUCAGUCUUGGUGGACCCUCCAGUCUUAGUGGGCCUCCAGUCUUAGUGAGCCCUUAG